CUCCCGCGUUUCCAUGGAGAGAGCCGGGGUGGGCGCUGCCAAGAGCCUGCACGAACUCCCCGCUUGCUCCCGUCCAUGGGAGUGGAACAAAGGGGAUGCACCGAGCCAGGCCCGCUUUCGCCCCGCGCCUCGCCCCUCGCCUCUCCUGGGACAUGGCGGCCCUCCAGGUCACACUCAACGAUGUCACUGUCUGUGCGCCCGCAGCGCCGAGUCCUCGUCACCAAGAUCAAUAGGAGCCAGUCCUUCGCCGGAGUGAACUCAUCGGCCGACCGGCCCUUCAGGAAUCUCUCACCUUUCACCCCCACUGUCUCCCGCAAGACUGGCUCCAGGGUCAGUAGGAUGUUCUCAAUGUCCCACAAAUCCCCACCACCCAAGGUGCCUCAGCCCAACCGCCUGGACGAGGUGUACGAAGCUCUCAAGAAGGGCCUGACAGCCUACCUGGAGGUGCACCAGCUGGAACUGGAGAAGCUCAGCACGCAGAUCCGUGAGUCCAAGAGGAAUUCACGCCUGGGCUUUCUCUACGAUCUGGAUAAGCAAGUGAAGUCAAUUGAGCGCUUCCUGCGUCGCCUGGAGUUUCAUGCCAGCAAGAUAGAUGAGCUGUAUGAGGCUUACUGCAUCCAGCGGCGGCUCCGUGAUGGAGCCCACAACAUGGUCAAGGCUUACAGCACCGGCUCGCCGGGCAGCCGGGAGGCACGCGAGAGCCUGGCCGAGGCCAGCAAGGGCUACAAGGAGUACACAGAGAACAUGUGUCUGUUGGAGAAUGAGCUGGAGAGCCAGCUGGGCGAGUUCCACAUCCGGAUGAAAGGAUUGGCAGGCUUUGCCCGGCUUUGUGCUGGUGACCAGUAUGAGAUCUUCAUGAAGUAUGGACGGCAGCGGUGGAAGCUGCGGGGGCGCAUCGAGGUGAACAGCAAGCAGGUGUGGGACAGCGAGGAAAUGGUUUUCUUGCCCCUCGUCACUGAGUUCCUCUCCAUCAAGGUGACGGAGCUAAAGAGCCUGGCAAACCAUGUUGUGGUGGGCAAUGUGUCCUGUGAGACCAAGGACCUCUUUGCAGCUCUGCCCCAGGUAGUGGCUGUGGAUAUCAACGACCUGGGCACGCUCAAACUCAGCCUGGAGGUGACCUGGAACCCCUUCGACAAGGACGACCAGCCCUCAGCAGCCAGCUCUGUCAACAAGGCUUCCACGGUGAACAAGAGGUUCUCCACCUACAACCAGAGUCCGCCUGACACACCGUCCCUGCGGGAACAGGCAUUCUAUAAUAUGCUGCGGCGCCAAGAGGAGCUGGAGAAUGGCACAGCCUGGUCCAUCUCCUCAGAGUCCUCAGAUGACUCCUCCAGCCCCCAGCUGUCCAGCAGUGCCCGCCAUGCCACACACAAGCCCAUCGUGCAGCCUGAGGUGCAGGCCUCCGCCCCUGCCAUCGAGAUCUCCUUCUCCCAGCAACCAGAGGAGGCUGACGCCGUGCUUGGGGCCAGUGGCAGCAGUGUCCCCUCUGCCGGGAGCCAGCCGGAGGAGCCAAGCAGCCGUAAGAAGGACACAGUGGCCAACGGGCAUGUGCCCUACUCCCGGACUCUGAGCCACAUCAGCGAGGCCAGUGUGGAUGCCACAAUGGAGGUCAAGACUGUGGAGAGCCCUUGGGAGCCUGCGCCCAGCACGGAGGACACAGGGAUGGGCAAGCAAGAUGCACACUCUCUACCUGGUGCUGCCGUGGCAGCUGCUGUGGCAAGGCAGGACAGGGCCACUGAGGCCAAGCCUCGUGCCUCCGUGGCAUGGGCCACCUCCUGCGAGGAGGAGGCUGGCAGUGCAGAGCCAGCGCAGAGCCAGGCACCAGCACAGAGUGACUAUGGCACCGGGACCCCCACAGCACUGGCACAAGCCUCUGCAGAAGAGAGGCCCACCCCAACCCCACCACUGCCCACCAGCACCCCUGAGGUGCCACGGGGGAAGAUGGUGGAUUCAGGUCUGGAGGAGGCAAUUGGCCUCCUGGGCUCAGCUCUGGAUGACUAUCGGGGACAGUUCCCGGAGCUGCAGCCCCUCGAACGGGAGCUCAAACGUCUGGAGGAGAUGCUGCUGCACAAGCAAGGCGUCUUCCUCAGCCGGGCCUCCAGCAUCAGCCUGACAGUGGAGCAUGCACUGGAGAGCUUCAGCUUCCUCAACACCUCUGACAUGGAGGACUCAGAAGGCUCUGAGGAGGAGCCUCUCCAAGAUGAGAGGAGGGCUGGCAGACCCCUGCGCAGCACCAGAGCCCCCAGCGCUGGCGAGAUGGGGGCAGAUGACACCGGAAUGUGCAGUGGUUCUGAGGCCAGCACUGACCCCAUGAGCACUGGCAAUGAGUUCCUGGAUAAGGCUCUGGUGCUUCACCUCAACAACUGCAACCGCCUGCUGCUGAAGCUGGGCACCUUCGGUCCCCUGCGGUGCCAGGAGAUGUAUGCCCUGGACAGGCUGCUGCGGGAGUCCCAGGUGCUGGAGAUCGUGUGCCAGCUGACAGAGGAGCGCGCAGGAGCAGCCACCUCAGCUGCUGAUGUGGUGCAGUUCUCAACACGGAAGGAGGGCGUGCUGCCCCUUUGGGACCUCUGUGUGGAAGUGCCCAACAUCUACACCUGCCCUGUGGAGCGGUUCCUGCAGGUGCUCAGUGCCCAGUAUGCAGCUCCCAUCAGCGAGCAGCACCCCGGUUUGGCUGAUAUUGUGUGUGUGAAACUGGUGGAGGACGUGCUGAACCGGCGGCUGCCCCGGCGGCCCGGCAGUGCCCAGAGCGAGCAGGUCACCAUCUUCCAGUACUGGAGCCACUUUGAGUCACUCGGUGCCCUCGUGCUUGACACCUACAUGAUGGAGCUGGCAGAGGAAGCACUGCUGGCACAGAACCUCAACUCGGACGACCAGGACGUGGUGCUGCGUGCCCUGAAGCGCAUGCCCGAGGGCCGCCUGAAGAAGGAGGGACUGAAGGCGCUGAGCCUGCUCCUCGUGGAGGGCAACAGCAAGGUGGUGAGCGCUGUGUCAGCCCAGCUCCGCAGCCUGGCAGAAAACCCCCGCUUCCGCCAACGGGCCCUCGUGUGUUUCUUGGAGCAGCUGGAGGAUGAGGAGGUGCAGACACGUGUGGCAGGGUGUGCGGCGCUGGGCUGCUUGAAGGCCAAGGAGAGCAUCGAGCAGUUGGUUUACCUGUGCCAAACCGACAAAGAGCCUGUGCGGGAGGCAGCCAAGCAGAGCCUGAUGCUGUGUGAUGGCCCUGAGAGAACCAUCUGAGUGUGUUUCUAGGCCUCCAGAUCGUGGCAGCUGCUGCACAGGGGAAGAUGGUAAAUCAGCUCACCGGCGACUGGAGGAGACCCUGGAUAGCCUCCCGCGGAUCUUUGCACCAGCCAGCAUGGCCAGUACAGCUUUCUGAGACCCACGCACACCCGCCUGCCACCCCUGAGGGCAAAGGCACUGCUGGGCCACCCGGGCUUGCACGGACUGGGGACCCGGCAGCUCCGCUCCCGGCAGCACACCACAGUAUUACCCCGCCUGCUGGCAGCUCGCCAUGGCUGCACACUGCCUUACGGAGCACCGCUUCCCUGUCCCUGGCCACCGGCCCCACGGGUGUCACCUCCACACCACUGGGCAGGGGGCUCGCUGCACAUCCCACCCUCUGAUCGCUAUUUAAAGUACCCAGGGAGUCCACCCUUCCUGCCCCCCUCGUCCACUCCAGCUGCCAGGACUGGGGUGGCGGGAGAGGUACUGGAUUGCUCUGCCUCCUCUUGCCUUCCUCUCGCUCGAGGGCACGCGCCCUGUCCCGGAAGGACCUGCACUUUGGAAACCUUGCUGUUUCUUUCCAGGAGCUGCCAGGGCCAUGGGGACUGCUGCCCUCUGCCACCUGCAGUCCCCGGGACUUAAAUAAAAUGAAAUAUAAGAUAUUAAUAUAUUCUGCUGGCGUUUCUUCUUUCCAGCUCCACGUGCUCCUGUCCCUCCCUGGCUUGUGGCUGUAGGGGGUGUAGUGAGAUGUGGCCUCAGCCCAGAGCCUUUCCUGGCCUGUUGGAAAGUGCUGUGGAGGGCAGGGGCAGGAGGAGCGAUAGAGGGAUGGACAGACGGAUGGACAGAAGCUGCCACCUUUUUGUUUGUUUUGUUUUAUUUUAUUUUUUAUUUACAGAUUUUUGCAGAAAAACAAAAGCAAAAAAUUCUUUUCUAUAUUGUCUCUAUAAAUCUAUAUAUAAUGUAAUUACAGAGAAUGACUAAUUUUGAUUUUAAAGCAGAAAUAAAAACCUUUAAAGAG